AUGGAUGAUGUACUGAAGUUCGAAGACCUUUAUAGCUGGAAGAAUGAUAAUGAUCAAUCCGUUUUUAUUGAUUCCAGGAAUGGAAUUCUCGUAUACCAAAAUACAAUCGAAACGAGUAUUCACAUACUUGAUGCUCGCGAUCGCAGCACGAUUUUCAAGAGUAACAGAUUUUCGGUCCCACUUUGCGAAUCUAUAUCCCUUUCCCCAGACAGGAACUUCAUACUGUAUUGGUUUAAUGACCCUAUGACGAUAGGAAUAUGUCAUUUAACUAACAGCGAUUCGGAUGAUAUAUUACUCGAUCCUUUGCAGUAUGAUGAUUCUAUUGUAUUAAGGGUUUUUUGGGCCGAAUUUAACCCUUCUGACAUAUCAUUCAUUGUAGUUUCGAACAAUAGAAUUGAUGUAUUCAAUCUUGUCCUUGAAAGUUUAUUAUUAAGGACAAUAAAUAGGAAAUUUGUUAGUUGCACUGAUGCCUGGAAUGAUAUGGAUGGAUGUUAUUUUGUCCUUUUAAAGCACAACCAAGUAUUGCAACCUUACAAGUUUUUGAACAAAGAACUAAUAUCCAUGCCAGAGGUUGGAUUGAAUCUAUCUUAUGGUUAUCAGAUACAACACAGUGAAAUAUCUAUUGCAAAGGUUUACGAUUCCACAUAUUGUAUCUACAAGGAUGUUUCUAAUGGAAUAAUCUCCCUAAGGUCAUUAAGUCAUAACGUUCAUGACAAGGUUAUAGAAGUGGAAAGUAAGGGUUGGCUUGAAAUUUGCAUUAUUGACAAUUUACUACUUAUACUCACAGGCAGCGGAGAUGCACAUAUUUUUGAUAUUGGUCUUAAAAGUGAUUAUCUCAUAGCAAAGGUAUUUCAAAGAAGACCCCCUAUUUCUUCUAUUUCAAAUGACAUUGAAGCAUUUUUUCCAAAUUUCAUUGUUGAUUUUUAUGGUGGGUUUUCUUAUGCUGUAUCAAUAGAUUACAAUGCUAUCGCACUUUUUCUUUCAAGAAAUUUUACAGAGGCAAUGUUGGCUGAAUUUUUUCAAAGACGAACGUCUUGUACUUCUCAUAUUUUAGAUAUUGUUUUUCAAUCUAUAUUUAACAAGAUACCAAUUUCCGAUAUGCUUGUUCUCUUUUCCGCCACUAUUCUCCCGUAUUCAGAUGUAUUAGUAAGGAUUAACAAGGCUAGGGGAACUAAACCGAAGAAUUCUGCAAUCCCAUUAAAGUUGAUAAAUAAAUAUGUAGAAAAUAAGUCAAUAGUAACAGAAUAUAAUUUUGCUACAGAAGUUUUAUACCCAUAUAUAACUAAGGAAUGGGAUUUUAAACAUGGGAUAAAUAUUUUUGACUAUGCAUUAGUUAUUAUUUGCAAUAAUAAUGGUUAUAACAUUAAAAAUAUUUUGGGAGCAGAAGGUAUGACUGAUUCAUUCCCACAAAUUAUUUUAGAUAUCGUUGAUCCUUACAGACGGCCUACGGAUCAUUAUAUUGUAGAAAGUCUAAUAGUUUCUGGAACUUUUAGAACGAAGUAUGAUGAACUGAACAGUUAUUUUGACUCGAAAUCUGACACAAAACUUAAGGAUAAGAACAAAACUCCCUAUAUUAUUACCGUGAUACUGUGCUAUAUGAAGGGACUUGUACUUCACAAACUAUAUCCUUCAAACAUUCUCUUAUUAGUGUUGUUUGACAUUUGCAUUUUAUAUAAUGAGUUGAACCUUGUAACCUAUUUUCUCCGUUCAAGAAUAAUUAGGGAUUCUUCUUACAUAUGUUAUCGGCUUUUUUUCCUAUCCAAAGUUUUGAAUAGUGAUUCUAUUAAGCAGUUGGCAUUUGAUAUGGCUUUACGUCUAAACAUCUACGAUAUUUGUGUUUCCAUUGCAAUAUCGAAUAAAGAGUAUUAUAAAAUAUUACUUCUUCUUAAAAAUGAAAAUGUAAACACUAUUUCACUUGAGCGUAUAUUGUACAGCGCAGCAAAUGAUAUUAUGGAACAACAGAAGCGUCCAUAUCUUUGGCCUCUUAUGAUUUCGUUUAUACAAUCCUGGAUUGAGGAAAACGAUCUAGAUCCAGAGAAACUGAAUGCACCUAAUCUUGAUGGCUGCCAGAUGUGGUUGCCACAUGCAGUUUUGUAA